AUGACUUUCAAGAGGAUUCCUCCUUCUCCCACUAAUUCCUCUGACGGACACAUCCAUCAGUCCUUUGAAGACUCUGGAAUUUACCAGAGUUACCCCAUGAUGUCUGAAGACCUGGGCCACCAGGCAAUGCACUAUGGCUCUCCCCCGCAGUACUACCAGACUGCCAGUGGCUAUACCAGCGUACCAACUCAUGGGAUGAUGAUUGCGGAUCCAGCCAUGACACCUCCUCCAACUGGCGAUGAAGGCUCGCCUUUCAUGGGAUCUCCCUCUAUGAGCGCAAUGGGAUCUCCUCCCCAGCGUCUGCCAGCCUCUCGUGCUCGGGCAACCCCAACCCAAAGAGUCAAGAGAAAGCAAGUCCGUCGCCAGAAGACUGGCCGCAAGGACUCUGAUAUCGGAUUCAAGCUGGAGGGUCCUCUCAGCCAGUUGACCGCAAGCUUUCACUCCACUCCCAUUCGUGACAUGGUCGAAUGGGCACACCGUUCUGUUGAAGACCGCCUGGAGGAAGUCCGGAACAAGAACGGCAAGAUCUGCCGUCCCAUGAACGCUUACUUGCUAUACCGGUCUGCCUACACUGCGCGGGCCAAGGUGCUUGUCGGCGCCAAUAACCACCAGAUCGUCUCCAAGGUGACUGGUUCCAGCUGGCACAUGGAGCCUGAGGAUAUUCAGCGCAAGUACCAGGAGCUGGCCAGAAUUGAGCGGGACAACCAUGCGGCUGCCCAUCCAGACUACAAGUUUGCUCCAUUGAAGAACAAUGCCGGCACUCGCCGCGACAGCGGCAUGUCCGCCAUUGUGCCCGCCCACCUCGCUGACGAGAGUGGAAUGUCCGAUAUGGACAGUGAGUUCGGUGGUUCCACUGCCUCUACCAGAUUGCUAUACGGCAGCCACUCGCGCGCCAACAGCUUCAACAGCAACUACUAUGAUAACAGCAGGGACUCUUCACCCUUUGAUGGCCCUGACUCUCUCAUGAUCCCCAACUAUAUCCAUUCCCACUCCAACUCCCACUGGUCCACCACCAGCCACCCAAUCGGUAUGGCGGUGGUGCACCCCAGCGCUCUCCAAGGUCCCGUCUCCAAGGUGGAAGACGUCUCCUUCGGCCCCGUCAGUCCAUCUCACGAGAUCCACUACGACUCAUCCCUCGCCGGCCUGCCCGGCGCUGCCCACCACGAGCUGCUACUACCCCAAUCACAAAUGGUUCACGGUCUCCCUCCCAGCGACAUGGACCCCCGACUCCUCUCCCAAUCCGGCGACGUCUCUGGAGAACCUACCAUGACCACCUACGCCUCCCCCUCCCCUUACCCAGCAUGGGAUGAGUCCGCCCAAGCUUACCUCCCCUCCACCUCGGGCUCGUCCAUGACCCCUAGCCCCGCCCCAUACCCACACCCCGGUAUGGAAUCCGCCUACCUGCCCAGUAUGCACAGCAUAGAGACACGGGAGCAGGCGCAGGCUUGGGAGAUGGCUCGCCAGGGAGGCAUUCCCGAGCCAGCCCAUGCUGAAUACGAUAUGUGGUGCCACACCGAGCCUUCGCAGUACUAG